AUGUACGCCACUCUUCUGGCGGCCCUCAGGUCAAAAGCUGAGCUUCAGCGGGCUGAAAACUCCACGUCAGCAAUUACGCUUUUGUCACAGCGACCAGAGCCUUUGGCCGUACUAAUUACAGACGAAGCCUUGACUCUCGGGGCUAGUAUUUCUGUUUGGGAAUCGGUUCUCGCAUAUGUCCGCGGCGGAGGCACAGCAAUCGUCAUGGGCCACUUCCCCUCCUUCGCACGGCUGAACAACGUAGAGCCAUUUUUCUCUCGAGCAGGUCUGCCGUGGGGAGCUGGAUCUUACCACAGGACGACGUUGGCAUUGAACCAAUCUGCGGUUGGUGUGGCCAACGCCCAGAAGCUACCACAAAAGUACAGCCAGAAGGCCGUGUUUGUGAAGAACGUCGCACCAGAGGAUAUGUGGUACAAUACCGACAAUGACUCGGUGGUUGAGUCUUUGGUCUUUGCUCCAACAAGCGCAAAAGUGGUUGGAGUAACUGCCGUGGCAUUGGCCAAUAUCGGCGAAGGAAAGCUGGGCUAUGUCGGUGACGUAAAUGCAGAGGAAGGGUCGAAUGCGGUCGUCCUUGCCAUGUGCGGACUCCUGUAA